CUUAGAUCCUGUUAGACGCACGGACGUCCACGGACUGGGAGUCUCCCGUCUCUGCCGGGUCGGCCGGGUGUGUGCUGGAUCCCGCAGCAUCCCCCCUGCCCGCAUUCCCGAGGUGGUUCGGCCCGAGAGGCCGGCGUCUUUUCCCCCAGUUUGCCGUUCACCCCGAGCGCUCGGGACUUGCCAGUAGUGGUGACGGCGGCAACAUGUCUGUGGCGUUCGCGGCCCCGAGGCAGCGAGGCAAGGGGGAGAUCACUCCCGCUGCAAUCCAGAAGAUGUUGGAUGAAAAUAACCAUCUUAUUCAGUGUAUAAUGGACUAUCAGAAUAAAGGAAAGACCUCAGAGUGUUCUCAGUAUCAGCAGAUGCUGCAUACAAACUUGGUAUACCUCGCUACAAUAGCAGACUCUAACCAAAACAUGCAGUCUCUUUUACCAGCACCACCCACACAGAAUAUGCCUAUGGGUCCUGGCGGGAUGAAUGCAAGCGGCCCUCCCCCACCUCCACGCUCUCACAACAUGCCUUCAGAUGGAAUGGUAGGUGGGGGUCCUCCUGCGCCACACAUGCAGAACCAGAUGAACGGCCAGAUGCCUGGGCCUAAUCAUAUGCCUAUGCAGGGACCCGGACCUAAUCAACUGAAUAUGACAAACAGUUCUAUGAAUAUGCCUUCAAGUAGCCAUGGAUCCAUGGGCGGUUACAACCAUUCCGUGCCAUCAUCACAGAGCAUGCCAGUGCAGAAUCAGAUGACAAUGAGCCAAGGGCAGCCAAUGGGAAACUAUGGCCCCAGGCCAAACAUGAAUAUGCAGCCAAACCAAGGUCCAAUGAUGCAUCAGCAGCCUCCUUCCCAGCAGUUCAACAUGCCCCAGGGAGGAGGGCAGCACUACCAAGGACAGCAGCCACCUAUGGGAAUGAUGGGCCAAGUGAACCAAGGCAAUCAUAUGAUGGGGCAGAGACAGAUUCCUCCGUACAGACCACCUCAGCAGGGCCCACCACAGCAGUACUCAGGCCAGGAGGACUAUUAUGGGGACCAGUACAGUCAUGGUGGACAAGGUCCUCCAGAAGGCAUGAACCAGCAAUAUUAUCCCGAUGGUCAUAAUGAUUACGGUUAUCAGCAACCGUCGUAUCCUGAACAAGGCUACGAUAGGCCUUAUGAGGAUUCCUCACAACAUUACUACGACGGAGGAAAUUCACAGUAUGGCCAGCAGCAGGACGCUUACCAAGGACCCCCUCCACAGCAGGGCUACCCGCCUCAGCAGCAGUACCCAGGACAGCAAGGUUAUCCAGGGCAGCAACAGGGAUAUGGUCCUUCCCAGGGUGGUCCUGGUCCUCAGUACCCUAAUUAUCCACAAGGACAAGGUCAGCAGUAUGGGGGUUACAGACCAACACAGCCUGGGCCGCCACAGCCCCCCCAGCAGAGGCCGUACGGAUACGACCAGGGACAGUAUGGAAAUUACCAGCAGUGAAGCAGUACUUACAUUCCAAUACCCAGUAUCUCUUAGCAGCCAUAUUGUCACCUCAGCACUGUGGACACCUCCCUGUGAAACGAUCCUUUCAUUCCAUCUAGUUUUUGGAAAAAACCUUGUGGAUAAGUGGCUGUUUCAUCAAUAAGCAGCCUUUGUGGUUUAGUUGUAAAAGGCUUUAGUAGCUCAAAAAUCUUCUUGAUUUCACAUUUCUACUCUAGAUGGCAACAUUGGACAGAAAAUGCAUUGACAUAAUCAGUUUGCAAUGAUUUUGGAACUGUGUUUCAAAUGGACUGUCACAGACUGAAAGGUGUGAACAGCUUUGUAUGUUUAUGAAGGUUAAGGGAAUUUAAUACUUUUCCACAGAUUCUUUUGUAAGGGGAAGAGGGAAAUGUACACUUUUUACAGCAGCAAUAUUUUGUAUAUUAUGUUUAUUUCAUGUGAUGAAUAUGCAAGGCGGUACACUGUGCACUGGACAGAAUCAGAAAUCCUCUGUGAACAUGGACUGGAGCAUAGUAGAUUGUUUGGGUCUCAAAAUGGUGUCUUGUUACGGUAAAGGUGAAAGUGGAGGCAGAGCUCACCGUGUGUCUACUGUUAGGCUCUCCUGGAGGAAUCCAAAUUCCUUUUAUCUCUUAGAUAACAAAGGGCACUGUGAUACAGUUUUGAGUAAAACAACAUUUUUUUUAAAAACCUUCCAGUUUUGUGGUUUAAACCCUUUUUAUAAAGACCGUUUCUAAUGCUGUUUUAAAAUGUGAGGCAAUAAGAAUUACUUUGUUUGAUUUUAAGUAUUUGGUGACAGUUUCAUGUAACUGAAGUGGUAAUCCUCUCUCAAGAUAGCAAUAACUAAAAGUGGAAAGUGUUAAUUUUAUCUUGUUUAAGUGAUCAGGGAACUUAAUAAUAUCAAAACAUUUUAUAAUUGAUAUCAAAGAGGAGUCAGCCUUGACCCAGGAUUUUAUUUUUUAACAUUUGAAAGAAUUGGUUUAUAUGAUAAAGUGUUAUUUCAGCUUUCUUAACUGGAAAUGAUGCCAUUUAUGAAGGGGUAUUUUUAUGUUUCCCAUUUUUUUAUGUUAAUAACAGAGAUGUUUGGGAAACUGCUUAUUGAUGAGGCUUAUUCUGGGAUUUGUACUAAAAGCAUAGAGGUUGUAUUCUAGAUAAUCUUGUUUAUAAGCAUGGCAUAAUUAUUUGAGACUGUCCUGUGCCUGAUUAUUUUAGCUCAAUUCAGGGAUGUUACAUUGGGCAGGAAAGCAUGCACUGAGAAAUUUCUGACCACAGUUAUUUAAGCAUAGUCUGAAAAUAUCUAGCCCAAAGGUAAGUUCCUAUUUUCAUCAUAGUUGCCUGUGCCCAUGGAAUAAGGUGUAUUCUUUAUAAUUGAAUUGGUUUUUCCCACUUCUAACUGGAAACAAACAGGGGGAGGGAGGCAUGAAUUUGAAUCAGCAGAAUAUUACUGUUCUCAACAUGCUGUAAUCAAAAGGAGGAAUUUCGGUCUGUCUGUGUGUGUAUGAGCGUGUGUGUGUGUCGGUGUAUGCGUGUUUUAAGGUCAGAAUUGGUUUUCUUUCAUCUUGGUCAGUGGAUAAUGGGCAUCAAGUUUGAACAGAUAAAGCAUAAACAGCCUUAUUGUGAUUGAAAUGCUUACAGAUUCUGUGCCAGUUUUCCACCACUGUGUAGUUUGUUGCUAUUUAAAACUGUAUCAACUCUAACGGAAGAAUAAAUUAUUUGUGAUUUUAAUUUUCUCAUUUGUUUCUUUAAAUUAGAUCUCUUUGACUCUCUUGUUUUGUCUGGAGACUGUGCUGUGGGUUUUUAUGUAAGUUAGUCCGGUAUAAGCAGACUUUAUUUGCAUUCUAGGACUUUAUCAAAAUUCUCUUGCCAUGCCCAAGUUAAUUAGAAUUAACUGUUCAGUAAUCAGCAUGUUGUGUAGGCUGUUUGUUACAGAAUUCUUUUUCUGAAAAUGAAGUCCAUGAGGCUGUAAUCAAGAUGACUGAAUUAGAUAAAUGAGUUGAGGAGACAAAAUUGUGCUGAACCCAACCUGGUGUAGAUACGUUAUCUCAUUUGAAAUAAGCUCAACUGACAUUAAGAAAUAAUUUGUCUUGCCAACCCAUCUUCUGUUGUCUUAUUCUCCUUUUAAUGGAAACUAAAAUUGCAAUUUUAAUAAGCAGAAUUUCCUCCAGGACUUUCUUCCUGGAGACUAGUGCAUUUGCAAGGUUUAAUUGUUUUAUAACAGUCCUAUUUCAUAAAAGUUUUUAAUUGGUGGUGACAAAAAUUGUCUUACUCCUUUGAUACCCAGUUAGAAGAAUAACUUUAGGAGUAGCUUUCUACCAAAUUUGACAUUUCCAUACAGAUAAUUCUAUUCUAAAACUACAAAAUAUUCACUUUAUUAAAAUGUAUUUUGAUGAAUAAAUAGCAUAUUGUCCCAUAUAAUUUUAGAAGCAAAAUAUUCCUAUAAAGAAGCAAAGGUUACUGAUAAAUAUUCCUAAAUGUUUAAGUGUGCUAGUUUAGUGGAGAAUUUUUUUGCACGCUUCUGUAGCAGUAUACAGGUGGCAGUUUUGUUUUGUUUUUCAUUUUCUGAAUAGAAUUUUCAAACAUACACCAAAAAGAGCAGAAUGAUUUAGGGAGCCCCCAUGUAUUGGUAACCCAUUUUAUCUAUGUAGCAGCUCAUGGCCAAUGUCUGUUUACUUCCAAAUUGAGGCAAAUAUUAAGUUGUUGAUUUCAGUAAUUGUCUCUAAAAGAUGGCAAAAACAAAACAAACCAAAACAAAAACCCAGAACACCUCACACCUUGACAUUCCAUAGUAUCAAUGCUAACAUGUUUAACAAGAUGAAAAUCUGUACACAUAACAUAUGUCCUACUUUCAUUUUAAAGCCAUUCAUUUAUAACAGGCAUGUAACAUGACAAAUAUGCAACGUGAAAAGUGUCCAUAAUUUUGUCCUUUAACAGCAACAAUUAUUAAAGAUUUGGCACAUAUCUUCCACCUUGAUUUUGGACACAUAAGCCAACAGUAGUUUGUUUUUAAAACAAGAAUGGAGUUAUAUGUUACUUUUGCAACAUUUUUUCCAUUUGAACUUAGAAGUUUCUUACAUACUUCCUACUUCCUAAUACUGUGUCUUCAGUUUUUUGCUAUUUCAAAAACAAAGCAUUCACGGGCUGUCAGGGUUUAUUGUUUUAAUUGGACACAUGAAAAUAAUACAUUUUUGAGGGGUACCAUGUGAUAUUUUGAUAUUUGUAUACAUUGCAUGAUGUUCCAAUCAUUACAGUAUCUAUUUUGUCAACCAUUUAUCCUCAUUAAGGUCUUUUUCCCCUAGUAUGCUCUUAAAGUAUUUCUACACAACAGAUUUCUGAUAUGCAGACUGUAAGGUUGUGGACAUUUAAAAAAAUGUUGCCAUGAAGGAUAUAUCCUAGCUGACAGUACUCUAUUUGCCUUGUUAAUUUUUGCAGUUCUAAUAGAUUUUUGUAGAUGCUGUUUGUGAACUUAAAUUUUGUUUCUUUAUAAGUUGAAUAUAAUUUCAAAAGCUUAAUAAUAUGUUUUUACUGUGAAAUGUCAUUUAAUGUCCUUUGUCCAUUUCUCUGUUACAAGUGUUGUGUGAGUGAGAGUAAAUAAUACUAUAUAUAUGUACAUAGACAUAUCUACACAGACAUAAAAUUAUAUGAUGUUCUCUAGAUGCAUAUAUUAGUCCUUUGUGUUUUCUGUCCAUUAUUUUUAAAAUUUUGUUUAUAUAGUCAAAAUUGUGACUUGUGACCUCCAUAACUAGCAAAAUUAUAAAAAAUAUCCCUCAUCUUUACUCUGAUUUCAUAAGACUUACUAUACAUGAUAUGAUUUCUGGCAUUAAUUUCUUUCCUAUUUGUAUAACCAGUUGCUUAAGCAUCAGUUAUUAAAUAAACCAUUCUUCCAAUUAA